CCAUCAUCAUCUACCUCCUCGGGCUGCGAGUGGGAGCAGUGGCGGCACUCUUCACGGCUCUGUGGCCCGUAGUGGCCCUGAUGCUCAUCUGGCCAUCGACCUGUCCUCCAGGACCAACUCUGGGACAACGUGCUGAGCCUCCGUGACGAGCGGCUCAAGCAGACCUCCGACCUGCUGAGCUCGGUGCGGCUGGUGAAGAUGUACGCGUGGGAGGAGGCCUUCUCGUCGGCUAUCAGCCGACUGCGGGCCAAGGAAGAAGCGGCCAGCCACAAGGUCAACGUGCUCGACGGACUCAUAGACUCCAUCUACACCUCCUCGGCAUCACUGAUGACGAUCCUGCUGUUCUCCUCCGUGGCCUUCCUUGGCGACGCGCCCGCUCUCACACCGGCGGUGUCCUUCUGCUGCCUGUAUCUGAUCUCGACCACCGACCUUGUCACCAAUUCAACGUCGCAGCUGCUUCGAAGCCGAAGCGUCGUAGGCUUGGCGAUGCAAAGGUACUGCGCAUUCUUCAGCGAAGAGGAGCAGAGAGACAGGCCACCCUGUUUCCUCGAGACGAAAGCCGCCAAAGGCGAGGUGUUCAUCGAGAAGUGCGACUUCAGCUGGGACCCGGACAAGCAGAGCUUCGGCCUCCGCGGCAUCUCGGUGGAGAUCGAGCCGGGCUCCCUGGUGGGCGUGGUCGGAUUCGUAGGUUCCGGCAAGUCCUCGCUGCUCGCCGCCAUCUUGGGAGACAUGAUGCGCACCCGAGGAUGGCUCGACGUCGGCGGAAAGGUCGCGUACGCCUCGCAGACCCCGAGCAUCUACAACAUGAGCGUGCGGGACAACAUCCUCUUCGGCCUGAGGCUGGAGCCCCUGCGAUACCUGACCGUCCUCAAGGCGUGCGAGCUGCAGGCUGACCUCGCCUCCUUCCCAGCGGGUGACCUCACCGAGGUGGGAGAGAAGGGUACAACUCUGAGCGGAGGCCAGCGACAGCGUGUCGCACUCGCCAGGGCUGUGUACAGCGACUCCGACGUGUACCUGUUCGACGAUCCCCUGAGCGGGCUCGACGCUCAGGUGGCAGCCAGGGUGUUCAGGCAGGUCAUGGGGGCGCAGGGAUUGCUCCGCAGAAAGAACCUUACCGAUUCCGGUCAAGAAAUACACCGAGGAAAGAUUACCACUGAUGAACACUUACAACCGCAAAAGAGCUCGCUGGAGGUGGUGCGCCGCCUGCUGGGCUUCUCGGGAAUGUGGAGCUGGGUGGCCAUACUGCUGUUCGUGGCGUGCGCCGGCGCAGUCGCCGGCCAGCAGUUCAUCAUCAGUGGCUGGACCGACGCCGUGGCACGGAGAGAUCCGAACGAGGACGGCAGCCGCUGGGACGCAGCCUGGGUGUCCGGUCUCGUCCUCGUCUCCCUGUGCGACGUCAUGUUCCGCUGCCUGGGCGUGGUGGCGAUGGCGUGGGGCAACCAGCGGCUCUCGCACCGCCUCCACGCGAACAUGCUGAGCCGGCUGUUGUCGAGCCCGACGUCCUUCUUCGACGCCACCCCCCGGGGCCGCAUCGUGACCCGCUUCUCGCUCGACCUGUACGCCGUCGACCUGCGUCUAUUCCUGAGCGGCAAGCAGUGCGUCCAGAACGUGCUCGUGGCCAUGGGCAAGCUCUGCGUGGUCGCCAGCCAGGCGUCGGUCGUCGUACUCGUCGGGGCCGUCGGCGCGCUCGCCACGCUCGUGGCGCUGGUGUACAGCGUCCGAGCCGCGUCGCUGGUGCUUUACACGGAAUCGGCGCUGCUGGCACGAGCCAUGCAGCACGUGGUGGAGACCCGGGACACCCUGAGCACCGUGCGCAGCUUCGGUGCCGUGGGUCGCUUCUGCCGCCUCUACUGCCGCCUGCUGGACACCGAGGCCAGGGCGUUCGGCGCGUACCUCGCCUCGUACCGGGUCACCCGCUGCCUGGCCGCACUGGCGGGACUCGGGGUGGUGCUGGCCACCCUGGGAUUCACGCUGGCCGCCAGUGACGGCGACGGCGCCGGAAGCAGCAACGUCGGAUUGGCGCUCAGCUCGGCGCUGUCGAUACCGAUCCUGAUGAUGUCCAUCACGCUGUCGUUGUUCGCAGUCCUGCAGCUGCUGGUGCAGUUCCAGAGGACUCUGGAAUACACGGAACUGCCGCAAGAGGAAAAUGAUCCAGAACCCGAAAAGAGGCCCUCGUUACAAUUCAGGCGCCGCUACAGUAGCAUGAUUAUCCUCGAAGAACUCUGGCCGACCAAAGGAAGAAUAGAAUUUCAGCGCUACACGGCAUCAUAUCGGCCAGGCGUGCUGCCCAAUGUGCUUAUCAGGGUCAACUUCGUCGUCGAAGGUAGCGAAAAGGUGGGCGUGGUGGGUCGCACGGGAGCCGGGAAGUCGUCGCUGGUGCAGGCGCUGCUUCGGCUGCUGGUGCCGACCGAAGGGCGCAUCCUCAUAGACGGCGUCGACAUCUCCACGCUGAGGCUCAAGAAAUUGCGCUCAGCCGUCACCGUCAUACCGCAAGACCCUACGCUGGUCACGGGCAGCCUACGGGACAAUCUGGACCCGACGCGCAGCCACACUGACGCCGAUAUCUGGGACGCGCUGAAGAAGUCUCACCUGAGCGAGUUCGUAUCCAAGAACCCGCACGGCCUCGACCUCGCCGCCGGAGAGGGCGGCGCAAACCUCAGCGUGGGCCAGCGUCAGCUGGUGUGCCUGGCGCGCGCCCUCCUGCGGCGUCCCAAGAUGCUGGUGCUGGACGAGGCCACGUCGCAGAUGGACGGCGACACGGACCGGCUCAUACAGAGCACGCUGCGACAGUGCUUCGCCGGCUGCACGCUGCUGGCCAUCGCGCACCGGGUGAACACGGUGCUCGACUACGACAAAAUCCUGGUGAUGGCGGGCGGCGAGGUGGCCGAGUUCGGUCCCACCAAGAAGCUGCUGGAAGAUCCGGCCUCGCUCUUCCACGAGAUCGCCAGGGACGCUGGCGCCAUACCCCCCAACGGGGUCACCAACACCGAGCCGACCUUCUCGGCCCCGCGAGGGCGCACCAGUUUCGUCGCCGCGCGCAUCCUCAGCAGUGUUCCACCGCAGGCCUGAUAUGGCCGCCAUCUAUGCCGACUUCCGGAGGGUUCCGCCGAAUGUGUACAUUAGGGGUGUGCGAAUAUUCGAAAAAAAAAAAACAACAACUUGGGAGACGCUUAAGCUUCGCCUUUAAGGACGCGAUAGCAUUAAAGGGUCCCCGACUGCUUUUCACGCUUCCCGGCAACUGUAGCUUAUGCAAUCGUAAUCUUUACCGGGAAACGCCUGCAGCGAAAGCUAUGCACCAAGGCGAGCUUUCUGGUUCUUUUUUUUUUCUUUCCCCGCGCGGCCGGCGCCGCCGCUGCUGCGGAUGCGAGCGCCAUCUGCUGGUGCUACAAGUAGCCGAGCGGCUCAUGCGGCGCACGCGACGUGCGCCGCUCUUUGAUUGGUAGAAACGCGCCGCGCGCUGCGCUGUGCUUGGUAGACAAUUUUCGCUCGCGGUCAACGCGUGGUCAACGCCGGCGACGCCGUGCGUUCUGCGUAACGGGGCCCUUUAAGCUAUCGCUUUAAUAUCGAAUUAGGAAUCGAACAGUGUGGUAUUCGCGAUUCGGUACCCACAGCGUUUUCGCUUGUGGUUAUAGGGGGUUUCGCUGAUCGCGCAUUUCACGCAAAUGCGCAAAAUGCGAAUGCGGCGCAUUUGCGCAUUUGCGCAGACCAAUUUAGGGGGGAAAUGCCGAACGAGGUCGCGGGUUCGAGUCACGACCUCAGCGGCUCCAUUUCUAUGGGGGCGAAAUACAAAGAACACUCGUAUGCUUAGAGUUCGGUGUACGUUAGAGAAACCAAUUGGUCCGGAUACAUCCACAGUAUACAGCGUCUCCCAUAGACCCAGUGUUGUUUCGGCACUUUGAUUAAGCCGCUGCAAUUCAAUUGAUUUGGUCUUCGAAUCUAAUAGUCAGCAUUUGUAAACAAGAAUAGCUUUAGAAUAGUUCAUAUGCACAAGCGUAUACGCGGUAAAAACACUUGAAGCAAAAGCGCGACAAAUUAAACUCGGCUGCCUUGGUGAACAUUGGGCGCGAGAAGUUGCGUCGCGGAGUGAAGUACGCUAUGGAUUGCUCAGGGAACCAGACGUUUCUAAUGCGCCGUCAUUUUCACCUGCCGAAGAUUCCUGUGAAAGUGCUUAAUUGAUGCGAAUGCCCCGCCCCCUCCCAAUUGAACUUCAAUCAGUAAUCCUUUAUUUAAAGUUUUUCAAAAAACCGAGCGUGACAAAAAAAAAUCAAUAGACAAUCCCUCAUAACGUGCAAUGCUAUAGUAGAAACUUGCUAACGUCGUGAAUACUCUACGAUAUGAGCACCGUUUUACAUUAAUGAUUAAAUUUUCUCAUUCGGAAAGAAUGGGAUGUACUAUUCGCCUUCGCUUCUCGCACUAUUCGAUCCGUAUUCCAUUCGGUCUCAAAAAGUUACUUUGCGUACACCCCUAGUGUACACGGAAUCGCUUCGGCACGACCUGCUUCCGAACUUAACGAUGUGAAUGUAAUUAACCAGGCUUGUUGGCUGCGUUCUCAGUGCUGGCGAUAGUGUGAAGGCAUCGUCCAGGAGCCAAAGUUUAGGUGGACGGUGAACGAUCUGCCGGUCAUGUCGGAACUCUAGGCCAGAGUUGCACAGUGCGGCCGCUGCCACAUAACAUGGCGCUGCUUUGCGAUGCAAAGCGGCGCUCAUGUUGGACAAGCCCGAAGGGGUGCCGAAGUCUUAGUGGUUGGCACGUGGAAAGCGUGCCCAUUCCCGAAGAUAUACGGAUUAGUGCACUGAGUGAUGGUUGAAAUGUUUAAUAAAAAAAAGCUUCAU